CAAAAGCGGCGGAGAUAGGCCGCAGUGUGUUGUGGGUAGGUCAGGGAGCGUGGAGGACGCCAUGUGCCUAUGAGAUACAGACUGACCGACCGAGACGAGAGACCCGGUGACAGAUUAAUUAGAUCACAAAGGUGGCGAAACACAGGGUCGGUUGGACCUGUUGGCGAAUCAAGAUAUAAUUCCAGUCAAAUAAACGCAGAACACCGCUGAUAUGUUUUCAGCGAGACACUGUGUGAGAAGCUCGCUGCGGAUAGCUACACAGUUGCACAGCAGACAUGAGCUGCCUACUUUCUGUGCUCUGCGGAGACUGAAGACCAGCUCCAGCAGCAGUAACGAAGCCCUGGAGUCUCCCUCCCUUGACAAUGCGCCGAAAGACUACUCGCCGAAAAUCAACCAGCUCGUCAACGACAUUGCGAGUCUCACACUGCUCGAGGUCUCCGACCUGAAUGAGCUGCUCAAGAAAACGCUGAACAUUAAGGAUAUGGGGAUGAUGCCAAUGGGUGCAAUGCCCGUAGCACUGCCUUCAUCACAGGCACUGGAAGAGGAGGCAGCGCCGGUGAAGAAGGAGAAGACCCACUUCACCGUGAAGCUGACCGAGCUGAAGGCAGCUGAGAAGGUGAAACUCAUCAAGGAGGUGAAGAACUGCAUUCCCGGCCUCAACCUGGUCCAGGCUAAGAAGCUGGUGGAGUCUCUGCCUCAGGAGAUCAAGGCUAACAUUUCCAAAGACGAGGCAGGGAAGUUGAAGGAUGUGCUGGAGGCAGCCGGAGGCACUGUCGUCCUGGAGUAGAACCGUUUGCUUUCCUUUUUUACAUUGCCUUGAAAGCCACUCAUCCCUGGUCUCUGGGUUUGUGUGUGGUAAGGGAACUCAAUAUGUCCAGCCUCCGUCUCCACGAAGCCCAGGAGCCCUGCACCACAAGACUAUUCCAAUACUGUAUUUUACAAGACGCCCGUUCUGACCAGGUGUCCACAUGUCUGUUUGUCUGUCUGCACUUGCAAAUUGGAGCCACACCGGUUCGAGGAAGGCAGACCAGACUGUUGUCCACUAAAAAUAAUAAUAAACAUGGAAAAGAAACGUCA